AGCUUCGGCAAAGUUCGGCGGUGUGGCGCUGCUUGUUUUUCCACGUUUUUUUCCUUAUUGGUUUUGCAUGUCUUCUAAAAUAUUAUUCACCUGCAAUAAUAUCUAGUGAACAUUUAGAAGCGGUUAGUGGGUGUGUACUCAGUCGUACUGGUGGUCAGAAUUGAAGGUGCGUGUGUACUGCGACCGGCGAAACGUGUGUACUGUGCCCAAGACGGUAUCAAAGAAGAGAACAACGCGUGUGUGCGAGAGAGAACUAAAACGACUAAUAACGACAAAUUAAAAAAUGGAGGUACAAAAACUUACGGAACUGUUGCGUGCAACGAUAGAUCCAAAUCCUGAGCAAAGGAAGGCUGCCGAGGAUCAAUUGGCCCAAAUACACAAAAUCAUUGGAUUUGUGCCGACCAUAUUGCAAAUUGUUAUGCAGAACACAUUGGAGCAGCCGGUACGUCAAGCUGCUGCUGUCUAUUUAAAGAAUUUGAUCAAUAGCAGCUGGUCGGAUCAUGAGGCAAAGCCAGGCGAACCGAUACCAUUCUCCAUACACGAACAGGAUCGGGCCAUGAUACGUGGUUCCAUUGUAGAUGCUAUUGUUCAUGCCCCUGAAUUAAUUAGAGUUCAACUCUCUGUGUGCGUUAAUCACAUAAUUAAAGUUGAUUUCCCUGGAAGAUGGCCACAAGUGGUUGAUAAUAUAAGCAUUUAUUUGCAAAAUCCCGAUGUGAAUGGCUGGAAUGGUGCCUUUGUUACCAUGUAUCAAUUGGUCAAAACCUAUGAAUACAAACGAUCCGAGGAGCGUACCCCAUUGAAUGAGGCAAUGAAUUUGCUAUUGCCAAUGAUAUAUCAGCUGAUGCGUUUAUUGACCAGCCAGGAGCAGCAAACGGAACAGGCGGUGCUAUUGCAAAAACAAAUACUCAAAAUCUAUUAUGCAUUGACACAAUAUAGUUUACCCUUGGAUUUGAUAACCAAAGAGGUAUUCUCACAAUGGAUGGAAGUAUGCCGUCAAAUAGCCGAUCGUCCCGUGCCAGAUUGUUCGCAUUUGGAGGAUGAUGAGCGUACCGAAUUUCCCCAUUGGAAGGUCAAGAAAUGGGCUCUACAUAUUAUGGUUCGAAUGUUUGAACGUUAUGGCAGUCCUGGAAAUGUUGUUAGCGAAAAAUAUCAAAAAUUCGCCGAAUGGUAUUUACCUACCUUUAGCCACGGUGUCUUGGAGGUACUAUUAAAAAUUCUAGAUCAAUAUCGCGGUGGGGUCUAUGUUUCGCCACGUGUCCUUACUGAUGUACUCAAUUAUUUGAAAAAUGCUGUGAGUCACGCGUAUACGUGGAAGCUAAUUAAACCCCAUAUGGUUGCUGUCAUCCAGGAUGUGAUAUUUCCGGUUAUGUCAUUCACUGAUUCCGAUCAAGAGCUAUGGGAAAGUGAUCCAUAUGAGUAUAUACGCUUGAAAUUUGAUAUAUUCGAAGAUUAUGCGACACCGGUGCCGGCGGCACAAUCCCUACUCCAUUCGGCUUGUAAGAAGCGCAAGGGUAUCCUGCCCAAGGCCAUGAGUACGAUAAUGCAAGUGAUUACGUCACCCAAUGCGGAUAAUAAACAAAAAGAUGGCGCCCUCCAUAUGAUUGGUACAUUGGCGGAGCUACUAUUGAAAAAGACUCUGUAUCGGGAUCAAGUUGAAUCGAUGCUAACCACCUAUGUGUUUCCGGAAUUCCAAAAUCCGGCUGGACAUUUAAGGGCACGAGCGUGUUGGGUCCUACACUAUUUCUGCGAUGUCCAAAUCAAGAAUCCCGAAGUUCUACGCGAAAUUAUGCGUUUGACAACCAAUGCCCUGCUAACGGACAACGAGUUGCCAGUGAAAGUUGAAGCAGCCAUUGGCUUGCAAAUGUUCCUAUCGUCUCAGGAGAAGGCACCCGAAUAUGUUGAAGGACAAAUUAAAGAAAUCACCAAGGAACUAUUGACCAUUAUCAGAGAGACCGAAAAUGAGGAUUUAACGAAUGUUAUGCAAAAGAUCGUAUGCACAUUUACCGAACAAUUGUUGCCUGUCGCUACAGAAAUCUGUCAGCAUUUGGCAACGACAUUCAGUCAAGUUCUCGAAUCUGAGGAGGGUUCUGAUGAGAAAGCAAUCACAGCCAUGGGUCUAUUGAAUACCAUUGAAACCUUAUUGAGUGUAAUGGAGGAACAUCCUAAUGUUCUAAUCAAUUUGCAUCCAAUUGUCAUUAAUGUGGUGGGUCAUAUAUUCCAGCAUAAUAUCACAGAUUUCUAUGAAGAAACAUUUUCACUGGUCUAUGAUUUAACUUCUAAAUCCAUUUCACCCGAAAUGUGGCAAAUGUUGGAAUUAAUCUAUCAGGUUUUCAAAAAAGAUGGAGUCGAUUAUUUUAUUGAUAUAAUGCCAGCGUUGCAUAACUAUGUAACAGUCGAUACACCAGCGUUUCUUUCUAAUCCCAAUCGUUUGCUGGCAAUUUUGGAUAUGUGCAAAACCAUGUUGAAUGGCUCGCCUGGUGAAGAUCCUGAAUGUCAUGCCGCCAAAAUAAUGGAAGUCAUAAUUUUGCAGUGCAAAGGACAAAUUGAUUCUGUUAUUCAUAUGUUUGUUGAAUUAGCUCUAUCCCGCUUGACGCGAGAAGUUCUAUCUUCCGAAUUGCGCACUAUGUGCCUCCAAGUUGUCAUUGCUUCACUCUACUAUAAUCCCCAAUUGUUAUUAUCCAUUUUGGAUAAGAUGUCACAGCAAAACAAUGAGCCAAUUAUAUCGCAUUUCAUUAAACAAUGGCUACACGAUACGGAUUGUUUCUUGGGUAUUCAUGAUCGUAAACUGUGUGUUCUGGGCCUGUGUACGCUUAUCUCAUUGGGUGAUGCAAAGCCUCAAGUACUGAGCGAAGUUGCUCCAAAGAUUGUGCCCUCGCUGAUACUUCUUUUCGAUGGUCUAAAACGCGCUUACGAAUCCCGAGCACAAGAGGAGGAGGAAGAGGAGAAAGAAGAAGAUGGUGAUGACUGUGAGGAAGCACUAUCCAGUGAUGAAGAUGAUAUGGAUGAAAUGGCUCCAAAUUAUUUAGAUAACUUGGCAGAAUUCGCCAAAGCGAAGGGUGCCGAAGCUGGAUUCGAGAUUAAGGCGGAACUGAAAGAUGAUGAUGAGGAUUCUAAUGAUGAGGCUGAAGAGUCUUUGGGUGAUCUAAACGAAACUGGUCUUGAGACAUUCACAACGCCGAUUGACGAUGAGGAGAAUGACUCUGCCGUUGAUGAAUAUUGGACAUUCAAGGAGGUUAUAACAGCACUUUCCGCCCAAGAUCAGGCCUGGUAUGCGUUACUCACCUCCAAUCUGACAGCAGAGCAGGCUAAGGCUCUGCAGGAUGUUGUUGUCACUGCUGAUCAGCGUAAAGCUGCCAAGGAAUCAAAAUUGAUUGAAAAACAGGGUGGCUUUGCCUUUCCCCAAACCACUGUGCCCACUUCAUUCAAAUUUGGCUCUUAACUGAGAACUUUGGCGACAAUUUAACACCAAUAACAACAACAACAAAAACUAGAACGUACAUCGAGACUUGGUUUGAUUUUUGACUUGAUUAAUUGUUUUUUCUCAUAAUUCUUUCCACACAAACGAUAAAACAUAAAAAAAAAACACAAAAAAAAAACAAUUAAAACUACGAAAUGUUAAAUGGCUGUUAAGGCAUUCUCUGGAUUUUCGUACAUUAUAUUGUACAAAAAAACAAUACGCAAAGCAUGCUGCAAAAUA